ACAAGGAAGAUUAGCAGGGACGAACGAGAAACACCAUGCCUGAUGCGUCUUCCGCCAUUAACCUCGUGAUCUACAAGGUUGUACAAGACCGAUGGAGAACACUUACAAAGGAGUGACACCACGGUCAUAUGGACUUUGAGGCAUUUAUAUGUAUAGAAGUUGUCUGCAAUGUAACAUUUGCUACUUAGAAUAUGAAAGAAACUCAGGAACAGAGAUUUAAAGCCAAGAUCACGUGGUGACAUUAUCAGGUUAUCAUUUCAAACCGUUUCUUUAGACACUGAGGAUUGAAACACCAAUGACCUUUUUAUGAGACUAUUAAUUGUAAACUCAUCGAUUAAAUAAGGGUAUUAGACGAUUAUCAUAAUGCCAUCAAGCACAGUAUUGCGCAGUGGCUUACGACCUGAAAGCUGAAAGGUGAAUUCACGCCAGCUCCUAUUUGAAGGAGAAGAUGUUCAAUUUCGAGCAUUUGCCGUACAGAAACUGAUCAAUAAGCAAUAGAUUCAAGGCAGCAGUCAGUAAAUGACUUUAGAAAACGGUAGCAGAUUCAAGACUUAGCCCAGGGCAGAGAAACAGUGGACAUUCCAGUACCUCUGUGUGCUAGCAAAGAAAAGAAAAUGAACUAAUACUCAGUUCAGUGCAGGGAGACAGCAGAUAUAUCAACGCCUUUGUGUGCUGGUAGAAAACAGUGAAGGAACCAAGACUAGACCAUUGCAGGUAGACAUUAGUCAUAUCUAUAUCUUGUGUGCUAGUAGAUAACAAUCAAGGAACCAACACUCAGCCCAGUGAAAAGAUACAAUAAACUUCACUCUGCCUGUGUGAGUGAAGGAAUUAUACUAGUGCAAGAAGGCAGGAAGGGAAGGCCUACAUAUGUGUGUGUGUGUGUGUGUGUGUGUGUGUGUGUUUGCUAGUACACCCCAACCUUUGGAAAUGCAAUCGAGUACAAGAAGCAUUUGCCUUAUACCGUUUAUGUUAUAAUGUAUACAACUUCCCCCUGUUCACACUUUGAUGAAACCGGACUGAUCAUAAUUUGGUUUAUAUAUGGUAGCAGCAGUAAAACCACAAUUAAUCCUGAUUAACUUACUUUUAUAAAAAGCCUAAAACACUCCUGUAAUCAUGCUGCUGCUUUGCACAAUCUAUUGCAUUAAAAAACAAUGCACGUCCUGUCAGACACACCAGGAAGACAGCCUGCUAUGUUGUCGAGUUGUGCACAGUAAUUGAUGUCCCAGAUAGGGAGUUGACUCUUCGUAUUGUAUCUCCAGUUGAACCAAUAGCUGCCUUUUUGUGAUCAUUGGCACGCAUGUUCAUUUUCACCUCUAGAAAUGGCUUCAUCUAAAAAGGAUGCGUCCGAAAUAUUAUAUGGCCGAGGGGAUGUGCAACAAAUCAAAGACAAAAGUGACAAUGAUAAUAAUAUCCUAUUGUUUGGUGACGAGAAUGAAAACUUGGAUCACCAAGGUGAUAUACACCCAAACUUUGAUGGAGACAGAGCCAAACUAGAUAUCCUACAAAAACUUGAAGAAGAUCCAAAUUAUCGAGGACCGGGCACGGACCAGGUAGAAACAUGGACAGGCUUAAACCUUAAAGGGUUAGGAUGCAGAAUCCCCGAGAGCUUAUCACGUUGUAAAAACCUGAGAAUGUUAGAUGUUUCCAAUAACACUCAAAUGGACGAAGAACAGAUAGUGAACAUAUGUAGCUUAAAAACCUUGGAAGAGUUAGAUAUGUCUAAUUCAAAUAUUUCUACAAUAUCGCCAGACAUUAUUUUGCCCAAGCAUUUGAAAAAACUGGACUUGUCACAAAACCAAUUGACAGACCUUCCACUUCCAUUAUGUGACCUGGCGAAUCUGAGGGAGCUUGAUCUAAAAGGCAACAAAAUAGCAUCCAUCACGCCACAACUUAAGCAACUUUGCAGCUUAAAGAAGUUAGACCUCUCCAGCAACCCUUUGGAAGAAUUCCCGCUUGAAGUGUGUAAAAUAAAAACUCUGGAAAACAUUUCCAUGAAGAAUACAGGCUAUGUAUCAGUACCGAAAAAGAUAACAUUACUUCAAAACCUGAAGGAAUUAAGCAUGUCAUCGAAUAGUUUGAAAAAAUUCCCACCAUAUCUAUGUGGACUAAAGACACUAGAAUCCCUUGACCUGUCAGAAAACGAAAUCACUACAGUGCCAUCGGAAAUUAAAGAACUAAAGGAUAUGAAGAUUUUAAACCUAUCCCAUAACAAGUUGGGGGAACUGCCUUUGCCAGUGUGUGCGUUGGUGAGACUGGAAACACUUGACCUUGAGAAUAACCAAAUCUCCACAUUGCCACCUGAGAUAUCGCAACUUAAAAGUCUGAAGAAACUAAACCUGUCUGAUAAGAAUUUCAAAGAAUUUCCGUUGUCAGUAUGUAAGUUGAUUAGGCUGGAGGCACUUUCAUUCAGGAAUACCAAUAUUACUACAGUUCCAUCCCAGAUAACACAACUUAGGAGUGUGAAACAACUAAACCUGUCCAAUAACAAGUUGGAAGAACUCCCGUUGCCACUUUGUGAAUUAGUGGGACUAGAGACUCUUUAUCUUGAGGGAAACAAAUUCAUUACAGUGCCACCUCAGAUAUCACAACUUAAGAAUUUGAAACAACUGAACUUGUCCAAUAACAAGUUGGAAAAAAUCCCGUCUCCAGUGUGUGAGUUGGUGAGACUGGAGACACUUGGCCUAAGGAAUAAUGAAAUCACUACAGUAUCACCUCAAGUAACACCACUUAAGAAUCUGAAACAAUUGGACUUGUCAAAUAACAAGUUGGAAGAACUCCAAUUGCCACUAUGUGAAUUAGUGGGACUAGAGACUCUUUACCUUGAGGGAAACAAAUUCAUCACAGUGCCACCUCAGAUAUCACAACUUAAGAAUUUGAAACAACUGAACUUGUCCAAUAACGAGUUGAUAAAAAUCCCGUCUCCAGUGUGUGAGUUGGUGAGACUGGAGGCACUUUCAUUACCGGGGAACAACAUCACUUCAGUACCACCUCAGAUAACACAGCUUAAGAAUCUGAAACAAUUGGACUUGUCCUAUAACAUGCUUAAAGAACUCCCGUUUACAGUGUGUGAGUUGGUGAGACUGGAGACACUUUCAUUUUGGAUGAACAAAAUCACUACAGUACCACCGGAGAUAGCGCAACUUAAGAAUCUGAAACGAUUGUACCUGUUCAAUAACAAGUUGGAAGAACUCCCGUUGCCAGUGUGUGAGUUGGUGAGACUGGAGACACUUAGCCUACAGAAUAACCAAAUCACUACAGUGCCACCUCAGAUAUCACAACUUAAGAACCUGAAAUAUUUGUAUCUGUACUCUAACAAGUUGGAAGAACUCCCGUUGCCAGUCUGUGAGUUGGUGAGACUGGAGACACUUGACCUACAUAAUAACCAAAUCACUAGAGUACCACCUCAGAUAACACAACUUAAGAAUCUGAAAAAAUUGUACCUGUCCAAUAACAAGUUGGAAGAACUCCCGUUGCCAGUCUGUGAGUUGGUGAGCCUGGAGACACUUGACCUACAGAAUAACCAAAUCACUACAGUAAUACCCGAGAUAUCACAACUUAAGAAACUGAAACAAUUGAAGCUGUCCAAUAACAAGUUGGAAGAACUCCCGUUACCAGUGUGUAAGUUGGUGAGACUGGAGACACUUGACAUAGAGAAUAACCAAAUCACUACAGUGCCACCUCAGAUAUCACAACUUAAGAAUCUUUUGGAUUUGAACCUGAUAGGGAAUAUUUUAAUACAGCCACCACAGGAAGUAGCAGAUAGAGGAAAGGAUGCCGUUUUUAGAUAUUUUGAUGAUCUUAUCAAAAGUAGAGCGACAUCAUCAUCAAGACUACAGGUAAAUAUCCUUGGUGAAACAUGUGCAGGGAAGACAAGUUUAGUGAAAACUCUGACAUCCGGAAGCCCUUUCUUAACAACUACGUCAGACAGAACACACGUCAUGGAGCAGAUCCAGUGGUCGCCAAAGGAAGACGUUUUCCUUAACAUUAACGAUUUUGGUGGUCAUGAAGUCUACAAAGUCGCACAUAAUUUCUUCAUAACCAAGGAAGCAAUCACACUGAUAGUGUUCAAUCUCCAGGAUGUCUCUUUGAAAUAUAACGACAUUGUCAGAAGCUGGAUAGAUAACGUUCACAGCAGAGCACAAGAUUCAACCAUAUUACUUGUAGGUUCUCAUGCAGACCGCCUGAACAAUGAAGAGUUGGAAACCAGAAAAAAACAGGUGUUGCGUGCUCUCAGGUUUCACUUACGUGAUAAGGCAUUCGAAUUAAGAACAAUUCUGGAAGAAUUAGAGAAAAGGGGUGCCUUCAGAAAGCCGUAUCCAGAGGCGUACAAUGAAAAGAUGAAGCGUAUCAAAAUGCUGAUACAAAAUCCACCAUAUAUUAACAGAAGCGUUUUUGUCACUAGUUCUCAAACUGGAUACGGAAUGGUCGAACUUAAAGAAGAGUUAAUUAGAAGAGCUAAAGAAAAGAAAUUCGUACUCCCUGAGACAUGGCUGCAGAUGGUGGAGCACAUAGAGACAGCAAAAAAGAAUGGACAAUAUCAUUUCCUAACUCUGGAGUCCCUUGCAACAAUGGCAGAGAAGACACCUCCACAAAUGCAAAGAGGUGGCGAAUCCCAAAGAAUUGAAGACGUGUUGAAUUUCUUACAUGCUACAGGUGUUGUUCUUUGGUUCAGAGACAAGCCGUUGCUGAAAAACUUCAUAUUCCACAGACAAGAUGUUUUCAUUGAUAUCUUAAGAGCAGUCCUCUGCCACGAUAUGAAAUCAGUUCUUGUGUACGAUACUGACCCUUUCAACAAAAAGUACACUGAAAGGAAAUUUGAAUCAGCAAAGAAAGAUGUACUGCAAAGAGGUGUGAUCAGUAAAACCAUGUUGGAGUGUUUAUGGUGGCGAUUUAACUUUGAAAACCCCGGUCUUGAUGCCAUGAUAGAGUUGCUAAAGAAAUUUGAGAUUUGUUACGUUGUGAAACGUGCUGAUGAAAACCGAUACCAUUUCCCAUGGCUUCUGAAUGAAGAUAGACCAAAUUGUAUUUCCUCAAAAUGGCCUUCUCUUCCAUCAAGAGAGAAGUUGCAGAUUUCGACUGAGGUCCAUUUUCCCACCGCCUGUCCCCCUGGUCUCUACGAAAUGGCGGCAGUGCAUCUCCAUGGUUUUUUAGGACAUUACAAAUCAACAUCUCAAGACUGGAAAGAUGGUUUUUAUGCUGAACUCGACAGCCAGUUCCAAAUGUGUUUUGAGAGAAGGCUCAGUGGAAGAUCAACCAAUGGAGUUCUUCGUCUCUCCAUACGCGGUGAAAAUCCUGCUCAGCUGAAGGAGCACAGCCUGGUGAUUUUUCAGGAUCUUGUAGCUCUUGUGGAGAGAGAAUUUCCCGGUUCUCCUCGCGAUGAAUUCCUGGUGUGUCCACACUGUGUACGAGAGGAGAAGGAUCCACCAACCCUGUUUGACGCCCCUAAAUCUAUACUUAAUGUUCCCCUUGAAGAACCAGCACCUUAUCAUCCGUGCCCCGAGGAAGAUCCCAACAACUUGGCUUCAGCAGACUUCUUCUUUCCAGUAACAAAAGGAAAAAUGACAACCCUGCACUGUACAUCCCUUGACAAACACGUUAACCACACUGUGAAGAUCAUCCGCGGUACAUUCAACAGUCUCCGCAAGAUACUCAGUCGACUCAGUAAAUCCGGUAUGCUAACUGAGGAAGAAAAGACAACAUUCCUUGAUCCAGACGAAGAUUUUAGACUUUCGACAUUCCUUAAAGCCAAGAGCGAUUUUGCCUUUUACGUGUUCUGUGGUGCUCUCCAUGACAGCGGACAUCCAGAAACGGCUCGGAUGCUGAGGUUGCCCGACUUGGCUAUGGAGCUUCCAGAAGACGCCCUCGGUGAGAUAUUGCAGAAAUUGCUGGACAAAAGAGUGAUCAAUGAUCAAGACAGGGAUCAAGUGUGGCGUGAAUCAGACAAAGAGCAGAGAGUAUCGGCACUGUGUGGUCUGGUAUGUUCAAUCAUAAUAACAACUGCUCAGAUAAAAACAUUUAUUAGGUUAGGCAGUAACCUGCACGAUAUUGCUUCAUUCUGGGGUGGUUUAGUGUCUGGGAUUUUCUUCAGGUGUAUUGUGAAAUAUGUUGAACACAAAUGCGCCCCACGUAUAUGUUUUAAAUACAUUGUUUAAAACAUUGUUUCCAUUCAGAU